AUGAUCAUCUGUGGUACGUUAAUAAAGCAGUUGUUAAAACAACAUUCAUAUCGUCUUUAUUCAAGUCAAGUUAUUUCGUCAUCAUCUCUUAAAUCAAAUCCGUCAAAUAUAAUCUAUAGUUCUCAAAAAGUAGCUGAUCUUUUACAAAAACAAUCUAAUUGUUUACAAAUAUUUGAUAAUUAUUUAACUGAUAAUGAAAAUAAUAAUUUUCUAAAAGAAAUUGAUGGAUAUAUGAAACGUAAACGUUAUGAAUAUUCACAUUGGGAUAACGCUAUUCAUGGUUAUCGUGAAUCAGAAAGAUCUGAAUGGACACCAGAAAAUCAACAAGUUUUAUCACAUAUUCGUCAACUUGCUUUUGAUGAUCCAACACAAACACUUGUACAUGUUCAUGUACUCGAUAUAGCUAAAGAUGGAUAUAUUAAACCACAUAUUGAUGCUAUUCGAUAUUGUGGAACAACUAUUGCUGGUUUAUCAUUGCUUUCAUCAUGUGUAAUGAGAUUUGUUCAUAAAGAUGAUAAAACACUUUCCAUUGAUGUGUUACUCAAACCAAAAUCACUUUAUAUUAUCAAAAACAUCAUUCGAUUUGACUUUACACAUGAAAUUCUCAAAGAUCAAGAAUCUUAUUUUAAUAAUAUCCAUAUACCACGAAAUCGCCGUCUAUCAAUUAUUUGUAGAAAUAUGCCAGUUGAUCUAUCUGCUGGCUAA